UCAUGGCUUGAAAGCAACACAGUGGAAUCAUCCCAGGACAGGCAAGACCAAAGUCGUGUCUGGAGUUUUGCCCCUGGGCUGGGAGAAAAUUGUGGAAAAUGGUGGUGUAAAAUUCAUCCACAAGGACUCCCAGAGAAGCACCUACGUGGACCCCAGGCUUGCCUUCGCCACUGAAGAAACUUCCGGCCUGCACAAUCUCAGGCAGCGCUAUGAUGCCUCCUCCACUGGCUUGCAGAUACUUCAUGGCCAGAACUUGAGUGGACUAAAGGCUAUAGUUACUGGGGCAAACUGUGGUAUAGGCUUUGAAACUGCACGCAGUCUGGCAUUUCAUGGCUGCCAAGUGAUCCUUGCUUGCCGUCAUCUGAAGAAAGCCAACGAUGCCAUAAAAAAUAUCUUGAAGCAGAGGCCAUUUGCUGCUUGCCAUGCCAUGGAACUUGACUUGAGUUCUCUGCAGUCAGUGAAGGAUUUUGUAACAGAAUAUAUGAAGGCCCACAGAUCUGUGAACAUAUUAAUACUUAAUGCUGGCACGUUUGGCGGCGGGCAUCAGCUGACCAAAGAUGGCAUUGAAGAGACGUUCCAAGUGAACCAUCUGAGCCACUUCUACUUGUGCCAGCUGCUGCUGCCGACCCUGCGUCGCGACCAGGCCAGGGUGGUGUGGCUGGCAGCUGAGAGUCACAGGUUCGCCAGCCUGCAGGACACCGAGGAUGUGACUGAGCGCUUUCUGUCCCCCCUCAGAAGUGAACGCUUCUCUCCAAUACUUGCUUAUAACAACGCCAAGCUCUGCAAUAUUCUCGCCGCAUUUGAAAUACAUCGCAACUUUGGCUGCCACGGCGUGCGCAGCUACGCUGUCCACCCCGGCAACCUGGUGAGCAGCGGCCUGACGCGGCACUCGUGGCUCUACUGGUGCCUCCACGCGCUGCUGCGUCCCUGGACCAAAUCCCUGCAGCAGGCGUGUGCGGCGAGCGUAUACUGCGCGUGUAGCCCCGACGUGGCAGCGUGUGGUGGUGUAUAUGUCAACGGUUGCCUGCCCUGCCGCCCGUCGCCUGCAGCGAUGGACUCUGUCCUGGCCCUGCGCCUCUACAACCUCGACCUCCGCAUCAUCGAGCGCACCAUGGGCAGCGUGGCCUUCGCCGUGGCAUCAUAGUGUAUUUUGUCGCAGUAUAUGGUUUAAUGUUCGUAUUUCGUAAGUCACUCGUAAUAAAUAUGUGAAGUAUAAAA